UUGAUUGCAGACAAACUAUUACCCAACGUUUAAGUUACGGUUGAGACGACCUGGUUUAAAAUUUCAAAAAUGACCAAUGCAUAAUUGAAGCGGGACGACAAGAUAUUCAUAAAGCGAUAUUAGAUUUAACCUUUAGAAUUUUUUCUAAUACUUGAUAUUGUUACGCUUUCACUUAGAAACAUGUACCAUUAUUUUCAUAAAACUAAAAAUCUAAAUGGCGCAACAAGUGAGAAUAAUCAUUACAAAAUUCGUUGCAAGUUUGGUUAUGUUAGUAUUUUGAAGUUAAGAUAUAAUGAUUUAGGUCCGUUAAAGGCGGAAGAAUUUACGUAAGACAGAAUGUGCCUAGUCAAUUAAUAUUUUAGUAUACUUACACCUUAUGUGAUACAUAAUUGUAUUAUAUUUAGUAAUCGAAGAUGAAUCGGCUGAAACGUUACUAUCUAUUAAAAAUGGAGGAUAUCCUACAGUGGAUGAAAUUAAAACCGAGAUAGAAGAUGAUGAUUUAAUGGAUCUUGAUGAUCAACCAAUUUUAAAUAAUUCAAUGGAUUCGCAUAUGGAUGUAGAAGAAUCCGAGCCAAUACCUGAGCUUGGACCUGCAGCAUUAGGUCUUCAGCGUGUAGGCACUCAACCACCACCUAAACCCAAUCCACCUACUCAACCGGUCCAAGUUUUAAACCGUAGAGGAAUGCCAGCCAGAAUUAGGAAAAAGAAUAAAUUAUUUUAUGAUGAUAUUUUGGUUAAUCAUCCACAUCAUAGGAUUAAGAAGGAUCCUUCUAGUACAGAUGUUAAGCAAUCCCCCAAAAAAAUAGUUCGUCCAUCGCCAGCAAAAAAACAGAAUAGAAUAAUUAACGAGCCCAAGAAAAUUAAUAGCAAUAUUUCACAUCUCCCUAAUGUGAUGACAACGGUAAAACAAGAAAAAGAACAUGACAAAUCUAUGCAACCUCCUUCACCUGAUAGGAAGAUUGGACAAAAGAUUGGAAUGAGAUUAAGAAAUUUGCUAAAAUUGCCCAAAGCACAUAAAUGGGUUUGUUAUGAAUGGUUUUAUAGUAAUAUCGAUAAAACUUUAUUUGAAGGAGAUAAUGAUUUCAUGAUAUGUUUAAAAGAAUCAUUUCCACAAUUGAAAACACGUAAACUGACUCGUGUUGAAUGGUGCAAAAUCAGAAGAAUGAUGGGUAAACCACGUAGAUGUUCACAAUCAUUUUUUGAAGAAGAGAGAAAAGAACUAGAAAGAAAACGUCAAAAAAUAAGAAUGUUACAACAAAGAAAAACUGCAGAUAUAAACAGUUUCAAAGAUUUACCGCCAGAAAUACCACUUCAAUUAGUUAUAGGUACAAAAGUAACGGCAAGGUUACGAAAACCACAGGAUGGAUUAUUUACUGGUAGUAUAGAUGCGGUAGAUACAAGUAAUAAUACUUAUAGAAUUACAUUUGAGAGAGCUGGUCUCGGAACCCAUAGUGUUCCUGACUAUGAAGUAUUGUCAAAUGAACCACCAGAAACCAUUAGCGUUGCUUCAUUUGCUCAAAAAUUUCGUCCAAGACACGUGCAAUAUGUACCUUCACCACCAUACGCAAUGAAAUUAUUGUCUCCGCGUUUAAACAAUGAUCCAUUAAUUUCUAAUGCAUCUGUAUCGGCACCAAAGAAAUCUCAUAUUGGUGGUACUAUAAAUGGCUACCCAGUAAAGUUACUCGAGUAUAUGGUAAAAGUAAAUAAAAUAUUAGGAGCUAAAAAAUUGAAAAUUAAGAAAUUAAAAGAUAUGAAUAGUGAAGCGGAAAAACGACGAUCGUUUGGGGAACCUUUUCCUCAAGAUUUCGAAAGAAGAUAUGCAGGAAUUAUAGUUGAAUUGGAAAAAAUGAAUACAGCUUUACAAGAAUACUUAAGUGACAUACAAGAACUCUGUCAAGAAAUAGCUCCUGAACCUAGUGUUGCAGCAAUGUUAGCACCAUCUCAUCUGCGAGAAAAAUGUAAACAGGAAGCAGCGGAUAUGGUUGCUAGAAAUAAUAUGAUUCAUGAUAAAGAACCUGGAAAAAUGAAUCAAUUAGUAACAGAUCUAACAGCUCUUAUGUUACAAGUAAAGAGUUUAUCUGAUUCUGAUAGAAAUGCUUAUGAAUUAAAAGUACUUCAAGGUACUAUGGAGCAAAUAAGAUCUAAACUUAGUCCACAAAAUCAACAAGUUUUUCAAAAUUGUGUGGAAAUUCACAUGCAACACAUUCAAUUAGGAUUAGGACAAGUGGGUGCUUUGACACCCUUUAUGGCCCAAAGAGCUUAACAUACGUGAAAUCAUAUAAUUCAUUUAUUGAAUUCACAAUCCCUAAUGGAACAAGUGAUAUGCACAAUGUGCUCUAUAGUUUAUAAAAAAACAUUUAUUUUAACACUGUUUAAUAUAAUAGAAUAUAAUGGUACUUUUGCUCAUUAAGAUUCUUUAUAAAAUACAAGAUAUAUAUAUGUACGUAUAUAUACAUACAUAUAUAUACAUACAUAAAAUUAAGUCUAAUGAUAUAUUUUCUGUAUAUACAAUUUCACAAAUAAUGCAUUCACCAUUUAUUGUAGAUUUCAUUUUAUAAUACAACAAAUAAUUGAGAGUAAAUAUAAGUAGAUAAAUAUUG